AUGUCGGAACAACUUCAAGAAGCUAUCAUUGGUCUCCGCUGGAAUGACAGUAUAUCUGUAGCGCUCUUUACCGUAAUGUCCUAUGAGUAUCUUCUUCUUUUGGACAAGGAGGUUAAGUAUGUCUGGAAACGACCAUGGUCACUGAUGUCAUGCCUCUACCUUGUUGUUCGAUAUCUUGGUCUUUCCCUUGCACUAUCUUGGGGCUGCUGGGGAGGAAUGUUUUAUAUACCCGAAUCACCGUACGUCACUCUGACUGCAAGUAUAAUUCAUGUCUUCAAACUAAACUCUCAUCAUGCAAUAGGCUACGACAUUCUUGUUGUAUUGGAAUGGGGUGCUUCUGUGUAUUUUUGCUUUGCCGAAACCAUUCUCAUGUGGCGUCUUUACGCAAUGUGCAACCAAUCCAAGCUCCUACUUUAUGUUCUAGGGGGGUCGUUUUUGCCUAUCAUUGCCCUCUUGAUAGGGACAGACAUCUAUUUGUACAGUCGACCUAAUGCGUUCUCAGUCAAAGAAUUAGUAACUCCGAAUGCCAAGUACUGCACCUUUUCCUUCAACAUGGGGCCGAUGCCUGCGAUCUAUACUUCCAUCCCCAUCGUGUGCUAUGAUAUCUUCCUAGUUUUUCUCGCGGCUGCCACCCUCGUGAGACACCUCAAAGAAUGGAGGGAAUACAGAAUGAGGCCUAAUUCCUAUGUCGUAAUGAUCGUCCGGUAUCAUAUGAUGUACUUUGUCCUGAAUUUGACAAACCAAAUCUUAAUGGUGAUAUUAUGGGCUCACAUUCCGACCCCAGCGAUGGAUCUCUCGGAGCUAUUCAGUGAUACAAUGCCAUUUAUUCUCGCACCGCGUCUUAUCAUCAGCAUCUGGGACACGCAUGCCGAGGACGACUGCGUGUAUGUCAGUGCGCCAUUCGCAGACUGUGUAUGUUGGACUUCGCCGGCGAGGUUUGAGCAGCACGAGACCCAGGCUGACAUCCUAUUAACUUGA